GAUAGUUGUUGCAGGAGGCGGAAGCGGCGAACGAGUCCUGGAAGAGCCGUUCGGUCCCUCAGUCUGAUCGGGCGGCUGUGCUCGCGCGCCUCGGCGGACGGCGCUUCUGCAGGGCUCCUGGACUCCCUGGAGCCGUGCAAUGCAGCGGGAAGGUCCCAUCGAACAAUGUUUCCUUGAACUUGCUUCACCAAUGUCUCUCAUACUGAAUAUAUUAAGAAACAUGCUGGCGUAUUUUGGUGUUCCUGUAGACCAGGAUUUUCUGACUUGGCAAAAUAAAGACUAUGGGUCAGCUCGGAGUAUCAUUCGUAUUAUUGGGAAAAUGCUUCCCUUAGAACCUUGUCGAAGACCUAAUUUUGAGUUGAUCCCACAUUUGAACUCUGAGGAAUUUGAUGAUUAUGAACCUACGGUUCCAUCUUUUGCUGACGUUUUAUGUGUGGCAAAUGAUGAAGAAGCUGGUUAUCUCAGAUUUCGACAUAGUCCCUGGAAAAAGGAAGAGGAAGAGAAAAUUGCUCUUUUCCAUUCUCCAAAAUUAAUUUGGGAUCCAUCAUUACCUGCUCUAAGACAGAACAAACCAGUGAAAAAUGAUCUGCCAGCAAGUGAGGCUGCAAUUAAAAAAAUAGCUGCCCUUGAAGAUGAACUCACUUUUCUUCGGUCUCAGAUUGCUGCAAUUGUGGCAAUGCAGGAGCUGAGAGAGAGUAAAGAGAACUACUUUGCUUUAGGCUUCUGUGACCUGAGUGAUGAACCCAGCAUGGAACACACACCAUCAUCCGCAACUUCUGGGCUGAAUGUGGAGCCUGAUCAUUCUCCAAGUUCAGUGCUUUCUUCUCCUCCUUCACCACCACCUCUGCCUCAGUUUUCUCUCCAGCCGUGUUUUCCUCCCAUGCAGCCUGGAUCUACUAACAGAGAUAAUCCAGCAACUGCAAUGGAAAAGCAGCACUCAGGUGUUAACAAGGUGAAUGGUAGCCAUCAUUCAGAAAGCCAGAGAGUUAGUGAUGUCCCAAACAUGUUAGACAUUCUAAAGGACAUGAAUAAGGUCAAACUUCGUCCCAUUGAAAGGUCACCAGGUGGUAGACCCAUUCAGAAGCAGAAAAGACAGAGUUCACAAUGGGAUCCAGUGUCUUUAAUAUCCAAUGCACUUAAGCAGAAGUUUGCAUUUCAAGAUGAUUCCUUUGACAUAGAAAAUAGAUCUUGGGAGUGCUCUCCAUUUUCUAGUCCAGAAACUUCAAGGUUUUGACAUCACAUUUCUCCAACAAAAUGUCAUCGAUCUAAGGGAAGAACUGAUAAUAUAAAAGCAAUUAAUCAAGGUCAGAAGUGAAAGCUGUGCCUACACUUGGAAGGACAGAUCCAGAAAUGCCCUGUGGUUUCCUUCAUUGACUUUCAGAGAAUUACAACUUUUGUUAGGGUGACUAAACCUUAUCCUGGGACCUAUCUGUACCCAACCUGAGGAAGAUGUUUAAAAAUGUUUGUCCCUAUUUUUGGAAGUUAUUAUUCUAGUAGUUAACUGGCUACUGUGGAGUUGGGUAUAUAGAUUCCCACUUUAUGUGAGUGCUACUGAAAAUGGAAUAUAUGCUUCAGAGAUUUCCUAAACAAUUCUGGCUUCCUACUUAAGCUCCUUUGUAAGCUGGUGUGAUGUGGUUUAUUUGACCUUCAGCAACUUGGAGAUUUUCAGAGAGCAAAGGAUAAUUCUUUUCAUUAAUAAAGUCAUAGUUUUAGUCAUAUAAGAUUGAACUUUCUAAAACUUACUGAAGUAAUAAAUUAUUUUGACUGCCAAGUGCUACAAGUAGAAGUAGACUCUUGAAAAAGUUUUAUCCACACUGGCUUUGUACAUACAUAUGCCUGGCAUGUUUCCUUUGUUUUCUAUUACAUUUGCACUGGCAAACUGUGUACAUAUAUAUGCUUGGCAUGUUUCUUUGUUUUCUAUUACAUUUGCACUGGCUUUGUACAUAUAUAUGCCUGUCAUGUUUCUUUUGUUUUCUAUUACAUUUGUACCCUAAUUUUUUUUGUAAAUAGAUCGUACAAUAAAUGGACAUUUGAUCUUAGUUGACUUUUA